CUUCAAGCACUGCGUUGCCGAGAAAUACGACGGUCUGCAUGCUGGCCUUUUGAAGAGCCACGCUUUCUGUGGAUUCGCCGGUUUUAUUUGAAGGAAUAAUCUUGGAAUUUGUUUUUAAAUUCACGAUGGAUUGCGUAUGGAUGCGCGCCGUCAGAGGCCGAUGGCGCACACUGCUUGUCAUUCUUUGUCUCUGUGAGCUGCACUCCGCGAGUGGACAGGCUCGCUAUUCCAUACCGGAGGAGCAGGCGGAAGGCUCUUUUGUUGGGAAUAUUGCGAGAGAUUUGGGCUUGGAUUUGGGCAGACUCGUAGCAGGUAAAGCUCGGAUUAUCACAAACGAAGAUCGACAGUAUGUUGAUUUAAAGCGAGACAAAGGCACGCUUGUCGUGAAGGAGCGCAUCGACCGAGAGCAGCUUUGUGGAAAGACGACGCCCUGCAGCUUCAGUUUUGACAUCAUUUUGGAAAACCCAAUUCAUCUUUAUCGCGUAACAGUGGAGGUCGAGGACAUUAAUGACAACAGUCCCUCAUUCCCACAGUCUGAAAUUAAUUUGAAAAUCGCCGAAAGUGUCACAACGGGCACUCGCUUCUCUCUCGCAAAUGCAGCCGACCCUGAUGUUGGUAUUAAUGAUGUUCAGAAAUAUGCACUAAAACCAUCGGAUAAUUUUAAAUUGGAAAUAAAAAACGAACCAAAUGACAGAAAGGUUCUUGAAAUGAUUUUGGAGAAGCCUUUAGACCGAGAGAGAGAGGAAAGCCUCACACUUAUGUUGAUUGCUUCAGAUGGUGGUGAGCCACAUAGAUCAGGGACGGUGAGAAUUCACAUCUCUGUGCUGGAUGCAAAUGACAACGCGCCAGUGUGCACUCAAUCUGUUUAUAAGGUCGAUGUGCCCGAAAAUUCACCUACGGGAACAUUGAUCACGGCUGUUAGUGCUAAAGACGCUGAUGCAGGCCUUAAUGGUGACGUCACUUACUCCAUUCCCCAUUUUACAAAAGAGGAGGAGCAGCUUUUUAAUGUAAAUAUGAAAACAGGGGAGAUUAAAAUUGGCGGUAAAUUAGAUUUUGAGAAAUCCAAGAGCUAUGAAUUAAAUGUCCAGGCAAGUGACCACGGAGGUUAUACAGAUACAUGUCAAGUAUUUAUCAACAUAAUUGAUGAGAAUGACAAUGUCCCCACUAUUAAAGUAAUGUCAUUUUCUCAAUCCAUACCUGAAGAUUCUUCCCCAGGUACAACUGUAGCUGUUUUUAACGUGAAGGAUGAAGACUCUGAGGGCAACGGUGUUGUCAAGUGUUCUAUUAACGAUGACGUCCCUUUUAAAAUUGAGUCUUCUCUAACAGGGUACUACACCAUACUGACUGAAAACUUCUUAGACCGGGAAAAUGUCCCUGAAUAUAAUGUGACCAUAACAGUGUCUGACCAAGGCUCCCCACCUCUGUCGAGUAGUAAAAACAUCAAUGUUAAAAUAUCUGACGUGAAUGACAACCCGCCCAAAUUCCAUCUGUUGGAAUACAGUAAGACUGUGCCGGAGAACAACGCUCCUGGUUUUUCCGUGUUUACUGUCAGUGCUAGUGAUGCAGAUUGGGGCCAGAACGCUCGAGUGUCUUACUUCCUGGAGGAGAAAGACGUUAAUGGAGUAGCUGUGUCUUCUUUUGUCUCAAUAAAUUCAGAGAAUGGUGUCAUCCACGCGGUCAAAUCAUUUGACUUUGAACAAAUCAAAUCCUUUGACAUUAACAUUACUGCCCGCGACUCCGGAUCCCCUCCACUCAGUUCUGUGGCCACAGUUCGCAUUCUGAUCCAGGACCAGAACGACAACGCCCCUCAGGAGUACAAUGACCAGCUGACUUUUUACUUAGUCUUGGCGUUGGCGGUGGUGUCCUUCCUCUUCAUCACUUGCUUGCUGCUUAUCAUAUCGGUCAAAGUGUACAGGUGGAGACAGUCUCGCGUCCUCUACCACUCCAACCUGCCCGUCAUUCCGUAUUAUCCACCACGAUAUUCAGAUACUUUGGGAACGGGGACUCUCCCACAUGUGUACAAUUACGAGGUGUGCAGGACCACCGACUCCAGAAAAAGUGACAUGAAGAACAUGCAAGCCAUGAGUCAAAGUUUAGUGAGUGUGGAUGGAGUUGAUGCUGACACGCUGCAUGUCAACAAGAAGCUGUCAGGAAACUGCUCACAGAUGUCAACAUUGUCAUUUUUGGACCAGUUUACAUUCUUGGAAUAUUUUUACUUUCACAUGGAGUCGAAAGACAUUCAUCAAUGCCGAGGAGGAACAUGGCGACGCAAGGCCUGCCUCUUUGUCUUUUGGGUUUUUUUUCUAAACGGAACGCAGGCGCAAAUCCGCUACUCGAUCCCGGAGGAGAUGAAAAAAGGCUCGCUCGUCGGAAAUGUGGCCCAAGAUCUCGGUUUGGAUUUGAAAAGACUUCGUUCUGGGCGCGCCCGCAUCGUGACCGGGGACAACGUCCAGUACGCCGAGCUGAGGGCGGACAAAGGGCUUCUGGUUGUCCAUGAGAGGAUAGAUCGAGAGCAGCUGUGUGGAGACGUGACGCCGUGCAGCUUCACCUUUGAGAUUUUAUUGGAAAACCCCAUGGAAUUGCAUCCGGUAACCAUCGAAGUGUUAGACGUGAAUGAUAACGCUCCCACCUUUGAAAACAGACAUUUAGAAUUUGAAAUAAGCGAGUUGGCUGCACUUGGCUCCCGUUUUGUUUUAGAAAAUGCUCACGAUGCUGACGUGGACGCAAACGGUCUGCAGAGUUACAUUUUAACACCGAGCGAUAAUUUUGUUUUGAAGCAACACGUCAGUCCGGGAGGCAGAAAAUAUGCAGAAAUGGUGCUUCAGAAAGCCUUAGACAGAGAAGAACAGCCGCGGCUCUCAUUAAAAUUGUUGGCUCUGGACGGGGGAAAUCCACAGAGAUCUGGCACUGUAAAUAUCGAAAUUAUUAUUCUCGAUAUAAAUGAUAACGCACCCGUCUUCAACCAAUCCAUAUAUAAAGUGAAGUUAUUUGAAAAUGCACCCAAAAACACUCAUGUUUUGACUGUGAAUGCCACCGAUGCUGAUAGCGGUUCAAAUGGAAUAGUUACAUAUUCAUUUUCAAAAUCAAAUGCAGGAAUAACAGAUUUGUUUCAUCUAGACGAGGUGGCAGGAUGUAUAUCUGUCUCAAAACGAAUAGACUAUGAAAACGACAAAAUAAUUGAAUUCAUGGUCGAAGCAAAAGAUCAAGGUGGACUGAGUGAAUCUGCAAAAGUCGAAAUAGAAGUAAUGGAUUUAAAUGAUAAUGUCCCAGUCAUCAAUGUAAUGUCCUUCACGAGUCCUGUUUCGGAAGACUCUCCCGUCGGUUCAACGAUUGGAAUAAUUAAUCUGAAAGAUUUAGAUGCUGGUGAAAAUGGUCACGUGAGGUGCGCGAUUGAAGGCCGCGUUCCAUUUAAAAUUAAAUCCAACGUGAGAAACUAUUUUGCAUUAAUUACUGACGCUGAUUUAGACCGUGAACGUGUGUCGGAAUAUGACAUCACGGUUAUUGCGUCAGACGCAGGCUCGCCUCCCCUUUCCAUUAAACAGACUUUUAAUUUGAAAGUGUCAGACGUGAAUGACAACGCCCCCGUGUUUCCGGUCAGCAUUUAUAGUGCAAACGUUGCAGAGAACAACUCGCCAGGUGUUUCUGUGCUCAGCGUGAGUGCCAAAGACCCAGAUGAAAACCAGAACGCUCGUGUCUCCUACAUGUUGGAGCAGAGUGAAAUUGGAGGAAGAUCGAUUAGUGAAUUUGUGUCUGUGAAUGCAGAAAGCGGAGUUAUUAGCGCAGCUCGCUCAUAUGACUACGAGCAAAUGAAAGAACUGUCAUUUACUGUCAGAGCGCAAGAUGGCGGUUCCCCUCCCCUCAGUAGCAACGUGAGCGUUCGCAUCCUGAUCCAGGACCAGAACGACAACGCCCCUCAGGUCCUGUACCCGGUGCAGACGGGCGGCUCGCUGCUGGCCGAAAUGGUGCCUCGUUCGGCAGAUGUAGGCUAUCUGGUGACGAAAGUGGUAGCCGUGGACGGGGACUCUGGCCAGAACUCCUGGCUCUCCUAUAAAGUGCAUAAAGCCACCGAUAGGGCGCUAUUCGAAGUUGGCCUCCACAACGGAGAGAUCCGAACUGUCCGUCAAGUGACUGACAAAGAUGCUGUUAAACAAAGACUGACUGUUGUCGUGGAGGACAACGGGCGGCCCUCUCGUUCAGCUACGGACAUUGUGAAUGUGGCGGUGGCCGACAGCUUCCCUCAAGUGCUGUCAGAGUUCACUGACUUGAGCAUGCACGACAAGGAGUACAAUGACCAGCUGACUUUUUACUUAGUCUUGGCGCUGGCGGUGGUCUCCUUCCUCUUCAUCACCUGCUUGCUGCUUAUCAUAUCGGUCAAAGUGUACCGGUGGAGACAGUCUCGCGUGCUGUACCACUCCAACCUGCCUGUCAUUCCGUAUUAUCCACCACGUUACGCAGAUACUUUGGGGACGGGGACUCUCCCACAUGUGUACAAUUACGAGGUGUGCAGUACCACCGACUCUAGAAAAAGUGACAUGAAAAAUAUGCAAGGUAUGAGUCAAAGUUUAGUGAGUGUGGAUGGAGCUGAUGCUAACACGCUGCAUGUCAACAAGGAGCUGUCAGGAAACUGCUCACAGAUGUCAACCUUGGUGAGUGAAUUAUCUUAUUUUGUAACCCGACUAUUUGAUUACAGUUUCCAGGAAUUAAACAAAAACGGAAUCAUCAUUUUUUGUUAA